CCCCCCCCCCCCCCCAAUGCCCUGCCGAAACUUCUUCCCUUUUCUUCUUCCUCCUCUUUUCUUCCCGCCUCCACCUCAACCACCCCCGUCUUCUUAUCCCGACCUCAACUGCACCCUCAACCACCGCAACCAACUCAGCCUCUAUCUCUGUCCUUCAUUCCUCUACCACCACUAUCAGCUGCAGCAACACCCUCCUCCGUGUUUUAUACCCGAUGAUCGGGUUCUAGACGCGUUCCCAUCUCCACAGCUCGAAGCCUCCACAGACAUUUUUCGGUCCUUCCUCUCAGUCGUAGCCGGAUAUUCUUACCCGAGCUAGUCGGGCUUGACAGACAGGGGGACUGCUUGGACAAUUUAUUCGGGUUCCUAUUGCGUUUUCUCGUUAACGGGCCCGACUGGCCAAGUAUAGCUCUUUCGUUGUUAUAGUCAAACAAUAUGGUCCUAUUCAAGCGCAAACCCGUCCAAUACCUCCCUCGACCAACCAUUGAAGAUGAUAGCGAGGAGGUCUGGGUUAUCCCGGAAACAAAUGAAGUGUUCACCAAGUAUCAGCAAUUUCUUCAUAGAAUGAACUUCUACAAACAGAAACGAUUCAUCUGCGAGAUAACGGGUCACUCCUCUCUUACUUUUUUUGAGGCUCUAAGAAGUGAAACGGAUGGUUCGCGCGAAGUGAAUAGCGCCUUUCCGGAACCGUUGAAGGAACCGGUUUUGCGAAAAGUUCAAUUUUCAACUAUUUCGCGAAUUGACAGCCUUGUCGACCAAGUUUUCGAAGACUUUAAACAAGAUUUUUACCCUGGCGAACGCGUUACUGUCCUCCUGACCAACGGAUCCCGCCUGCAGGGCAUUGUUCGGGAGAAAGCCCGAUUCCCAGAAUUAAUCAACGAAGAUGGUACGGUAGAGCGAAGGGCAUCGUCAAGGUAUCUAGUAAAAUUGGUAAACCGACCGAAUGAGGAGGCAUUGCUGGACGAUGAACACCUGAUCCGAGACCGGAAAAUCUUUACCAAACAGAUGCUGCGUUCGUUCAUCAGAAAUACUGUCACUAGGGAGUCGUGGACCGGUGCGCCAUGGCUAGUCAAACCCGAGAUCGCCAAGGAAUAUAGGAUUGAUACGGAGGUCCCGAAACACCUUCAAUAUGUAAAUAGGGUUGCAGGGAAAAAAGCCAACGUGGCUGUCGAUAAAGAAGAAGACGAAAACCUCUUCAGGUUCUUUUAUUCCAAACAAAGAUGGCCGAACCUAAAACCUGCUGCCAAGGGGCAAAAGUCCAAAACCAACGUCCGGGAACUUGCGAAGGCAAGGGAAGAUCAAUAUUUAGAAUACCAACGAGCCUUGAACGAGAACCCUUCCUUUGCUGCUCCAGGCAGUUUCGGCCCGGACAGAGUCUGGCAAAUACCCGAAGAUAGCGCCAACUCGUUUUCCGUCGUCAUUCAAAAUGGCCCGCCGCCGCCUCCCCCUUCGCCCCCUAUCAAAUACCCUAUCGAGGAUUUAGAUAUUCCACCUUCUCACAGCAAUAAACUACGACCGCCAGUGAAAUUCUUAACUGAUGAUCAGCGCUCGGAGCUGCUGGAAAAGUCGUCGCGAGAAGAUAGUUUACUCAGUGGUGACAUAAAAAUGGAAUCUAUGGGACCUCUUCUCGAAACCUGGAACACGCUGAAUGUAUAUUGCCAGGUUCUCCAAUUAGACUCCUUCACAUUCGAUGAUUUCGUCGAAGCAAUGCAGUUUUCUUCUCACGACGUUACCUGUGAGCUGUUUGUGGAAGUACACUGUGCGGUGUUGAAAACACUGGUGAACGAUGAGAAAGAUCAGGAUGGCGCUGUUCAGAUCUCGCUACCCGCCCUUCCCGACGAAGAAUCCGAGGACGAAGAGGACGAUGAAGAAGAGGAAGAAAUUGAAGAGCCGGACCGAGAACCGACACCGCCCAGAAGAACCACUAGAAGUAGUUAUGCAAAGGCUGAAGCCGAAAAUUUGAAGCGGAGAUUGGAAUCAAGGAGCCGGUCUGGCACGGCUGAAGUACAGAUACAUCGCGCGGCGGAAAUGUUUGGAGAGUAUGGGUGGAUCGAUCGCCUACGGAAACGAGACUUCCAAAAAGGUGGUUGGGAAUUAGUUAUGGUCGGACUCCUUCAUAGGCUAUCCUACCGACCGCGACUACAAAAACCCUGUGACGAGAUCCUAGCCCAUUUGGCGCCGCUUGACCGUGAGCCAACUCAAGACACCUCGCAAGAACAAUAUGUAACCCUCGACGUCAAUUUACGAGUGAAGGCUCUUCAAAUUAUCUGCAUGUUACUACUUGAAACGAAGGCGAUCAAGAAUUAUCUCGAAGAGUGCAGCAUUCAAAUGACUGAGUUCCGCAAAGAGAAAAUUGACUAUCAGCGGGCUCGUAAAGCAUGCCUUGAGGAGAUUCGACGGUUGCAUGAAGAACGCAAACAGCUUCAACCUGAACACCCCCCAUCACCAGUUCCUGAGUUGGAAGAACUAGCGGAUGUAAAGAUGACUGGUUUGGAUGAAAACUCAGAGGCUGCUGGAGAUACCGAUGAGGAAGACGUGCAUGGAGGAAGAUCGCUUCGGCGUGGAGCAGAUAGAGCCGCAGAGCGCAAACGACGGCAAGAGGAGGAGCGUGAGAGAAAGGAACAGGCCGCCAAGGCACCCAAGGGAUCGAAGCAGUAUCAGCGUGUCCUAAAGAAAAUCGAAGACGAAAAAGCCAAAGUCAAGUCAUACGAGGAACAUAUCGCCGUGCUGGAUAAUGAUUUGCGAGAGGCGGAUUGUCCCCGGACGCGUGUUUUGGGUAAAGACCGGUUUUGGAAUCGGUACUAUUGGUUUGAGCGGAACGCGAUGCCGUUUGAAGGUCUCCCGAGCAGCUCCACUGCGUCUGCAAACUAUGCGAAUGGACGACUAUGGGUUCAAGGUCCCGACGAUAUGGAACGGGAGGGCUUUAUUGAUUUAGCGGCUGAAGAAAAUGAAAAGUACAUCCAGCGGUUCAAAAUGACAGUGAGACAGCGGAAAGAGCUCGAGGAGGGUUCGGUGGGUGUUUCCACCGCUUUGGAAUGGGGCUACUAUGACGAUCCAGAGUCUCUCGACCAGCUUAUCAGCUGGCUUGACUCCCGCGGUAUCCGGGAGGUGAAGCUGCGCAAGGAACUGCAGUUGUAUCGUGAUAGCAUCGCCAAGUACAUGCGAAAUCGAGCGGAGUACGUUGGCAAGAAUGCUGAUGAGAAGAAAAGCACAGAGCCGGAGGAAGAGGCGCCAGCGAUGCCGACACGAAUGUCUACCCGGACGAAGCCCUCUGGGGGAGAGGACCUAUCGAGCCGAUACCGCUGUCUGAGAUGGAAGAACGGGACUGCACUGCGGGAAAACGGACACUUGCAUGUCGAGCCGGCGCGGCCGACGAAGAAAGCUAAGCGGUCCACGGCUACAGCUGCAGCUUCGGAUGAUACGAGGGAAAAGGAGAAGGAGGGGAAGGCUACGAAUCGACAAGGAAAGCCGCUUACGAGGCAGGGGACGAAGUAUCAGUUUUGAGCAGAUACCACCACUUCUGUCACUCCCGUUGCAGUCACGCCCUUCCACAGUGACGACCAAGGGCAAACCGUGUGCCUGCCUCCCGACAACCCGUAGACCCUCCUCAUCCGAAUCUUGUGUGUACAACCCGGCGUAUAAUUUUAGCCAAGGACAGCACAGUUCUGGCUCUCAUCUUAAUCACCCGGCCCGCGCAAUUUUUUUUUCUUUCCUUGAGGUUUUUAUAUCUAUGAUUUCUAUUAUUAUAUUUUUCUCAAGACAAUUUCUGGCAUGGCUUUUCUGUUAGCUAGGGCGCUUCAUUGCAUAGACUAGGCGUUUCCAUCCCUUAAACCUUCCACACAUUUUUUUGAUAUAUAACUUGGCUACUAUUGUUAUUAUUGCUGGCAUUUAUAUAGUUUUGGGCGGAGACCCGGGGGGGGGGGGGGGGGGAAGUGUAUUUAUU